GGGAGAGUAAAGCAAACAUCAUCCAUCAUUAAAUAUCAUUUUUCCUCUCCUCAAUUGUUAUCACAAGGUUCCCUCAGUUAUCCCCUAAGAUGGAAGUCAGUACAGUAUGGUGCGGUCUGGGACUACUAGUGAUGACACUGGUGUGGUGUGCAUUGAGAUUUUUGGAUUGGGUGUGGUUCAAACCAAAGAGGACGGAGAAGUUCUUAAGAAAGCAAGGCCUCAAGGGAAGCUCAUAUAAGUUCUUGUUUGGAGACAUGAAAGAGCUGGUGAAGAUGGUAAAAGAGGCCAAAUCGAAACCGAUAAGCCUAAACCACGAUAUAGUUUCCCGAGUCACUCCCUUAGAAUACAAAUCGGUCACGGCUUAUGGCAAAACCUGCUUCACUUGGUUGGGACCUAGACCUGUAGUGCAUAUAACUGAACCGGCUAUGAUAAAAGAGAUCCUGGCAAAUAACUAUCAGUUUCAAAAGCCAAGAGGAGGAAACCCUUUAAUAAAGUUGAUAGCAGAAGGUCUAGCAGAUGCUGAAUGUGAUCGAUGGAGCAAACACAGAAAGAUAAUCAAUCCUGCUUUUCAUGUUGAGAAGCUCAAGCAUAUGGUGCCUGCAUUUUAUACGUGUUGCACUGAGAUGAUUAACAAAUGGGAAGAUAUGUUAAGGAGGGAAAACUCGUGCGAAUUUGAUAUUUGGCCUUACCUUCAAACAUUCUCCAGUGAUGUAAUUUCACGUACUGCAUUUGGUAGUAGUUUUGAGGAAGGCAAAAGAAUAUUUGAAUUACAACAAGAACAAGCAGAGUUGGUUACACAGGUUCUGCAAUCAGUUUAUAUUCCUGGAUCAAUAUUUUUACCAACAAAAAGAAAUAAGAAGAUGAAGGAAAAUGCCCAUGAAGUGAAGGCUUUAAUAAGGAGUAUCAUCGACAAACGAGUCAUUGCAAUCAAAGAAGGAGAAAGUAAUAAUGAAGACUUGUUGGGCAUCCUACUGGAUUCCAAUUUUAAGGCAAUUAAACUGCAUGGGAACAACAAUUCAGGAUUAAGUAUUGACGAAAUCAUCGAAGAGUGUAAGCUUUUCUACUUUGCAGGACAAGAGACCACCGGAAAUUUGCUUGUUUGGACAAUGGUGUUGUUGGCUCAAAACACAGAUUGGCAAGACAAGGCUAGAGAUGAAAUUUCACUAGCCUUUGGGGAGAAAAAACCUGAUAUCGAUGGGUUGAAUCGUUUAAAAAUCGUUAAUAUGAUUUUUAACGAGGUUCUUAGACUUUACCCUCCAGUGGUAUCAAUACCACGCAUGAUACAUCAAGAAACAAAAGUAGGCGACAUAACAUUACCUCCUGGAUCUAUGAUACGGUUGCAUAAUAUGCUUGUACACCAUGACCGUGAUAUAUGGGGUGACGAUGUCAAGGAAUUCAAGCCUGAAAGAUUUUACGAUGGAGUGUCAAAGGUUACCAAGGGUCAAGCAUCAUACUUUCCUUUUGGUGGUGGUCCUCGUAUAUGUAUUGGACUAAAUUUUGCUAUGUUGGAAUCAAAAAUGGCACUCACAAUGAUUUUGCAGCAUUUCCGCUUUGAUAUCUCACCAUCCUAUUCACAUGCCCCACACAGUGUCGUCACUCUUCAACCUCAGUUUGGGGCUCAUUUGAUCUUACGUAAACUAUAAAAAUGAUAUUUACAAAUGCAUAUAUUUGUAUUUUGCUUGGUUUAUGCUGUUGACUUUACUCGGGUUUGUUCAUGGGUUGCGGGCCACACUUCGUUAGUAGUUGGUUUAUUUGCAUGGAAUAAGCUAACCUUCAAGUGUCACAUUUAUGCAUGGCUGGAUAUUUGAAGACAUAGCCAUUUAUUAUUUUAGUUUUUAAUAAGUUAGUGUUGGUAAAAUGGUUUGACUAAGUGUGAAGAAGUGACCGUUAGGUAUUCUCCACAUUUAGGUAGAAUAAGUAAUGGGUUUACAACUCUUUAGGAAAGCAUCUUUUAUAUUUUGUUUUUUAUUCGCAUCUGGCAGGUCAUUGUAUGGCUAUAAAAGUCAAGUUCUUGUUUAGUGAGAAGUGCAGAGGUUUUGUUCAACUUUA